AUGGAGUCACCCGAUGGCACAGAUAUUGGGGACACAUUUUCGAAAAUAUUCAUCGUUGCAAGUGAUGGUGAUGAUAGGGACCAGGCUUCGUCGAUUGCUGAUAGUGAAAUAUUGUCGUAUGAGGAAUCAGCCAGCAAUUCGGUUUUCCAGCAGUCCAUUCGCACAGAAGUUUCAUCUGAAUUGCUGAUGGCUGAUAUGAAAUCAUGUGAGCUCAGAAAGCAAAGACAUUCUGAGCUUCGCAUAUUGAGAGAUGCGACAAAGGCCAGUGAAGAAAUGGAAAAGUUGAAUUUUGAAUCCGUUGGGUUGGUCAGUAGGGAACACGAAAUUAAUUCACUGAAGAAAUGCUUCAAUCGGAUGCUUCCCAGUUCUAUUGACGACACCAACGCAAGUGACAACUCUGCCAAGAAGGAACUUGUAUUUCUAUCUGGGUUUAGCGGUUCUGGAAAGACAUCGUUGGCUCAGACUGUGGAAUCAGAUGUUGUACGUUUUGAUGCCGGCAUUUUUGUUGAAGGAAAGUUCGACCAAACUACAAGUGAUAAGCCGUACUCUGGUGUUGCCAAGGCAUUCGGCAAGAUAUUUGAAAGAACUAAUCAAAUGACCAACAAGACGAGGGAAAGACUCCAAGCAGAGAUCCUUCAGGAGUUUGGAAAUGACGUUGAGACACUUGUUGAUCUCAUUCCUGAACUCAAAUUCAUUAUACCAGAAUAUUCCACAAGGACGAUCUCUGCAGAUGCCAACGACCCCGAGCUAGCCAAUGGACUUGAGCGGUUACGUUUUGCAUUCCGUACUUUGACCCGGGCAUUGAGUGCCGAGUUCUUUCCGAUGGUAAUUGUCCUCGACGAUUUGCAUUGGGCCGAUAUCUUGUCCUUGCAAAUUCUGGAUUAUCUAAUCACAGACACAAACAACCCAAACCCACUCAUGAUCAUUGGGUGCUAUCGGUCAGAUUUGGCGGACGAAAACAGUGUUCUAGCUAACAAAAUCCUUGGCCUUGAGAGCAAGACGACCACGCAUUCCUUCAAUAUGACAAAGUUGAAUAUUGAAUCGUUAAAUGCAGACGAUAUCUGUUCCAUCAUUAAGUCUCAGAUACCAACAGGCAGUGAAGCGUCAAUCAAAGAAUUGGCAGCACUCUGCGUGAAGAGAACAAUGGGCAACCCAUAUUUUGUUCUCGAAUUCCUGAAAAUGUUGAAGAACGAAGAUUUGUUGACGUACAAUGCUGAAGCACACAUUUGGAAGUGGAAUCUUUCUCAGAUUGAACAUGUGACAAUGUCUACCGCCAACGUCGUUAUAUUGUUACAGUCCAAAAUGCAAAAGAUGCCGAUGCCCGUUCAACACAUCAUGCAGUAUGCUGCCUGCAUCGGGUCAUCUUUCAGCCUGUCCAUUCUUGAGCUGAUUUGGAAAAAGUCGAAAAUCUUCCGCCAUAAUGUGCGAAACGAGCCUUUGCAGCAGCUGAUAGACAUUGCUGAAGAAAACUAUUUCUUCGAACAGUGCGGCACCAAGCGUUACAGAUGGGUCCAUGAUAAAGUACAAGAGGCAGCAUUACUUCUUUCGACCAAAUCGUCGUUUCAGCUUCAUGUCGGGUCGUCGCUGUACUAUAGCUUGGACGAGAAGGGCCUGGAAGAAGAGCUAUUCAACGUAGCUGACAUUAUCAACAGUGGAAAUGUGAGUAAGCGACCCGAGUUUGCUCGACUAAACUUCCGAGCAGCAGAGAAGGCAAGGGGGAUUUACGCCAUACAAAGCGCAGCAAAUUACACCGCCAAAGGAAUCGAGCUGUUACAAGAUAGCGAAGUGUUGGAAAAUCGUGGAUUGUGGCUCCAAUUGUACACUAUUGGUGCCGAGAUGGAGCUUGCUUUGGGAAAUGGAGAAAAGGCUGAACUAUAUAGUAAGGAGGUAUUAAGUCGGGACAUGUAUUCUACGAUGGAAAAGAUGCCGCUCAUGAUUGCAUCCGUGCGAAAGCUAGCAACAGUUGAUUCAAAGUGCGACGAAGCAAUUGAAGGUUGCUUGGAGCUGCUGCACAAACUAGGAUACCGACUUCUUUGGAGCAAGAAUGCGACACCAAUCCAGGCAUUAGUAGAACUUCGUCGCACUGUCAGGAAGGUAAAAGGGGCAUCCGGACCGAAAACACUGUGCGACUCUUUAGGUCACUUAAAGGAUGAAAAGCAGCAAAUGCGCAUGCGUUUGAUUGCCACUUUGGGAUAUGCUGCACAUCGAACCAAGAGGAGCCUUUUGUAUCUACUGUCAGUAUGCAAGAAUGUACAGAUUACGCUGAAAUGUGGCAUUGGGAAAGAUUCUGGUGUCAGCUUUGCUAGCCUUGGUUUAUUAGUACUGGCUUUCCAGGCUGAUUUUGAAACAGCUGCGAAAAUUACCGAAAUGGGAUUGGCCAUACAGAAAGCCUUGGGUCCAGGACGAAAGGGGGCUUGUCUCUACAUGUCCUAUGCCUUUUCAUUAAGCUGGAAAUUACCAUUCCAAGCUUGCCUACGGCCGUUGUUUGAUGGAUAUGCUUCUGCGAUUAGAGUAGGAGACUCCGUAUUCGCACUAUGGUCCUUGACAGCGCAGCGAGUAUGGCUUCCGUAUAUGAUGGGGAAGCCGCUGCGUCCAAUACUGGAGGAUGUUGUUAGCCUCCAUUCCCAAAUGGAAGACUUCUCUCUGCAAGGGUUAGUCAUGACGUUGCGAGUAGUUUGGCAAAUGCUGAUCAACCUUACUUGCGACCACCCACAUGCACACCAGCUGGAGGGUGAAAAGUUUAGUCGCAGGUCAUUGAAUGAACGGCAAACCGUGGGGAUUGGCAUGGUUCCCUUUGCUGAAGGGGAACUUCUUGUAUUCUUGAAACCCGAAGAAGCCGCCGACCAUGCAAUUGCUGUUGGAAACAAGUUUGGGAAACUCAUUCCCGGCUUAUGCUUGGGCAUGAUUGAAACCUUUCAUCGGGGGGUUGCCUUAUAUACAAUGGCAAGAAGCACUAGGCGAAGAAAAUACAGAGUUCUCGCAAACAAAAUCCGCAAGAGAAUCAACAAAUGUAUGCAGGCGGGAAACCCAAACGUGGAAUACUACAGCUUGGUGCUGGAAGCUGAACACUCGGCAAUGAACGGGGCGUAUGCGAAGGCAGAGAAGCAUUAUAAUGCAGCUAUAUCACUUGCUUCCAAAAGCGGCCAUCUACACCACGCUGCCCUCUUUAACGAGCGGUAUGCUGACUUCUUGCGGAAUGAACGGAAAGACAGCGACAGGGCUGUUGAUUAUUUGAAUGAAGCUAUUCGAUUCUACGAGUUAUGGGGAGCAACAAAGAAAGUGAAGACAUUGAAGAGCUCUUGUUUGACCGCAAAAAUUGACUAA